UUUAUUAUUUUGAAAAUUCUCCAAGCUGUCAACCAGGAAAUCCAAGUAACCACCCUCGAAAUUAAAUCAACAUUAUUUAUUUCCAAUUAUCAGCUUGAAAAAUCCAACACCGAUGGGUAAAGUAGAGCUCAUUUGAACCUCAAUUUACCGGAAGUAAAAUUGCCUUCGUCGGCUCUCACAGGACUUUAUAGUUACGCAAUUCAAGGAUUCCUCAUUGUUUUUAAAUGACUGUAAAUGAGAAAAAACCAGAAAAAACUGUUUCUUAUAUGGAUCGAAAUGCUUUAGAAAGGAUUUCUACAAUGUCUUCGACAUUCAAUGAUGAUAACGUCAGACGGUAAAAUGUUAAGAAUAAAUUCUCUAGAAUGGCCACUGACAGUGACUUUGACAGCUGGGAGUUUGGGAGAAAAUUAGAAACGACCCGGAAUUUUCCGCAUAAAAACGGUCUAAUGCUUCCAUUAAGCUCUCUUAAAGAGUCUUCAUCAUUUUGUGGGGUCAAUCAGUCUAAUCUAAAUUUGCAAUCAUCAAAUAACGUCCACGAAAAUGAUUAUGAUCUUGCCUCGAAGAGUUCGAGAUCGGGACCAGGCUUUCGAUUCAUCAAUCCAGCAAUCUAUGCGGAAUCCUUCGAAGCUAAUGAAAAUUGUGGAGAUCACUUGGAAAAAACGACUGUACGUGGGAAAAUCCACUCUAAUCUUGAUGAUCACUACUCGGAAAAGGAAAUGGAAACCAAGUCUGGAGAAGUUGCCCAUGUGGAUAGGUUAUCUUUACUUUCCAUUUCUAAUGGUGAAGACUCUUUGAGUACGGUCGAUGUUGAUGGUGAUCAUGCGCCUGGUACUUAUCGCUGCUUAUCUUCUGUGACAUCUGAUACAACAUCUUCCUUAAAUAUCUAUAAUCAGCAAUCGAGGUCGAUUACGAGAAUGGAAAGAAGGUGUAAAAUUAGUGGUGAUUUUCAAGCUUCCGGCGAAAGUAGAUCCUCGGAAGAUCUCUGUUUGAUGUCGACUCGGCGAGAUGAGAGGAAGAAUGUGCAAAGAUGUUCAUUAAACGAACAUAGGAUUUUGCAAGGUUCCACGACUUCACUUUCGACUAUCAAUUUAUCAGAGAGACAGACUCUCAGUGGAGUUCCAAUUGCCCGACAAAUUGCUCACGCAGAAUGGGUGCGUGAAAAGGAACGAGAAGCUCUCAAAAUAAAAGAAGUAAAGCGAAAAUUGGAGAAAAAAAAGAAGGAAGAAGAGGAAAGAAAUCAACGAGAAAACGAGGAAAGAGAACGUCGAGAAAGAAAGAGCUUCCUUAGAUGGGCUGAGAGAAAAAAGAAAGAGGAAGCAACUAAAAAAGAGGCUGUUGAGAGGGAAUUGGAACUUCAAAAAAGACUCAAAGAAGUUGAAGACAAAGCAGCUGUUGCAAAAACCAUUUACCUGCGUCAAUGGGCACGAAAAAAAGAGGAAGAGCAUAAGGCUCAUCAGAAAAAGCAGCAAAUAAAAAAAGAGCAAGAGGAAGAGGAAAAAAGAAAGAGAUUAGAAGAUAGUGUGAAGGCUUAUGAAAAGUGGCGAGAAAAAUCCAAAGACAAACCUAAGCCUGCUACCCAAGGUUUAUUACCACAUCAGAAAGCGAAACCUGCAUACGUAAAUCCAGAACCGUGGCAGCAAAUUAUAGGUGAUGAGAUAGAAAUAAAUGAAUCUCCCAAAGAGCCUUUAAAAGAUCCAAAUGGCACCAAAAAUACACCGAAUCUAGCAAAUGAGAAGAUCACAGCAAGGAAAACUAGAUCGUCUCAUCAAUGAUAAGAUAAGUGGGAAAUAGCAAGAAUAACUUGUCUACACACGAUUAGUUCGAGAUAACGAUUUUACUAAGCGCCAUCCUUGUCGCUGGUCUGAAUUUUCUGAAUUCAUUGACAUUACGAGGAACACUUUCAUUUUCAAGGAGAAGAUGCUGCACCGCUAAGUAAAAAAAGCGUUGUUUCACAUCGCAGACAAAUGCAACGCAGUUUUUAGCAGUUUAUUUGAUUUAGCAUGUCAUAUUAUUGCAUCUUUACUUUUGUUAGCCUUAUUUUAUAGACGCCGGUGUGUGUAUAUUUUGCAGAUUUAUCAAUCCUCCUGAACCUUCCAGAACUCUGGAAGACCUCAAUGUUGGUAAAACUCCGUGCACUUUGUUGUAUUAAAAACUGAUUAAAAAUAAAAAUAAGCAUUUGA